GUACUUGGGGUUGGCGCUGUUAUCGAAGAGAGUUAUCGAGAAACCCUCAGAGAGGUAACAUCGCUAAGGUGGGCGUUAAGUGAACGCAGUUGCCAUCUUGUGUGACGUAAAUCGCGAAUUGUUGUCGCGAAACUUAGACACGUGGUUCCUUUGUGCAUGCGGUCUACAAACCCUCAACCCAGGAGGCUGAACAAAACAAGGAACUUUAGUUUUAGUAUCUAAUAAAACUGGAUCGCCUGCAUACAUAGAUUUUCCUAGAAGUGUUGCUACGACGACACAGCGUUUGAUCAAUCAAACCUCGAUUAAAAGUCAACAGUUUGAUAAUGGAAGCACUGGAAAGGCCGCAAAUAAUUUGCCACGUUCAGCAAGCUUUAAAUUAUACAAUUCACGACGUAAAAUGGAUACCUUGUUCGGCAAAAUUCGUCUCAUUAGGAGGAAAAUCAAACGGAGCUGGUGUUGUAGAAAUUUACUCAAUCAGCGGUGAGGGUAUAGAGAAAGUGUCAGAAUUUGGUAAAAAAGACCAUUUCAAAUGUGGAACUUUUCACGCUUCUAAUUUAAGAGAUAGACAUUUAGCAACCGGGGACUUUAGUGGACGCCUUCAAAUUUGGGAUUUGGAAGAUACUUUAAUACCGGUUUACAAAACCGAAAAACAUAAAGGUGUGAUUAAUGCCAUUGAUGGUGUGGCUGGUAUGACCUCGGGUUGCGGGGCUCCUGAAAUAGUUACUGGCUGCAAAGAUGGAUCUGUUAUGAUUUGGGACGUGCGACAAAAAGAUACUCCUGUAGCGACAUUUCGUCAGAGUGAAGGGACCCAAGGAAGGGACUGUUGGAGUGUUGCUUUUGGUAAUUCUUAUAACAACGAAGAAAGAGUUGUAGCCGCUGGAUACGACAACGGAGAUAUAAAAAUCUUCGACUUGAAGAACAUGUCUGUUAGGUGGUCAAAAUGUGUCAAAAAUGGAGUAGUCUCUUUACAGUUUGACCGAAAAGACAUCCAGAUGAAUAAAUUAGUUGCUACUACACUGGAAUCAAAAAUUUUUUGUUUCGAUGUACGAACCCAACACCCUAAGAAAGGAUUUGCCCAAAUCGUCGAGAAAGCACACAGUUCUACGAUUUGGUCGGUAAAACAUUUGCCCCAAAACAGGGAGAUUUUUAUGACUACAGGAGGUGCAGGCUCGUUGUGUUUAUGGAAAUAUAAUUAUCCUAGUAGACGCGUUGAAACAGAUCCUGAUGGGUUAGAAUAUGGAGUACCAGGUGAAUUAACACUCAUACAAAACAGCACUCUAAGUGAUCAACCUAUCACAAGUUUCGACUGGUGUCCUGAAAAAACUGGGUUGUCAGUAUGUUCGGCGUUUGACCAGUAUAUUCGAGUGCUGAUUACUACUAAACUGAAUUUAUAUUAAAACUGAAAAUUAAGAACAGCUCAAAGUCUAUUUUGUAAAAUUUAAAAUUGGUUGCGCGCCUUACAGAUAAAUAACAUUUAAAUAUGUGUAUCCAGUGGCGUAACUACCGGUGUUCCAUGUGUUCGCCGGAACACGGGCCCGCUGCUUCAAGGGGCCCGGUCCGGUCACACGAACAUUUUUUUUUA